AUGGCCAUCACUGAUGAUGCAAGCAUGCAGCAGAUAUUCUGUAUUUAUCAACAAACCCGAUUUCAAGUGCCGCUAAUAGAGCUGUACGUUGAGUUUGAACAGCAUACGAGGGUGGAUGAAUUUGACGAGGAUGUCAACGUUAAUGAGUUCGGGGAUAUAGGCUGGGAAGAAGAUAAAGACGACAGUGAAGAGGAGUUCGAAGCCAACUAUGAAGUCGAUGACAAAAACGAUGACGAAGAUCUGGCAAGCAAUCCGGCGGUGCCAAAUGAAGCGCAUGCUGUUAUAAGCCAGCAGCCGUUUGGUGAAGGCAACGUUGCGGCCGAAGAUGGUGAAUUCAGUGUCGAAAUAGAAUUUGGCUCUAGAGAGUCGGUGAUAUCUGCAAUCAAAAGCUACAUUAUCUCUAAAGGAGUUGAUUACACUGUGUAUGAGUCUGAGUCGCAGACAUUCUAUGCGAAAUGCAAGGGUUAUGGUGUCGGGUGCGAUUGGCUUAUCCGAGCUAGCUUGAUUCAAAAGAAAGCUUGUUGGGAGAUCAGGAGAUACAAUGGCAAACACACGUGCACCAUGAGAACGAUCUCGCAAGAUCAUGCCAAGUUGGACUCAAACACAAUUGCAGAUGCCAUUAGGCCGUUGGUCGAAGCAGAUCCGUCGAUAAAGGUAAAGUCUAUUAUUGCAGAAAUUCAGUCAAGGUUCAACUACACUAUCUGUUACCGCAAGGCUUGGUUGCCAAAGCAGAAAUCUGUCGCAAAAGUUUUUGGUGGUUGGGAGGUUUCUUACCAGACUCUGCCAGUUUGGUUGAAAACAAUGACUGCAAAGAUGCCAAGGUCUCGUGUUCAAAUAAAGACGCUCCCUGUUUACCGUGAAAGUGAGGAGGUUCAAGGUGUAAGAGUUCUUCAUCGCAUUUUUUGGAGCUUCUAUCCUUGUAUAGUAGCAUUCCGACAUUGCAAGCCACUGGUGCAGGUUGAUGGCACACACCUGUACGGAAAAUAUAAAGGUGCGCUUUUAGUUGACGUUGCACAGGAUAGGAACCAAAACAUUGGGCCUAUUGCGUUUGUAAUAGUCGAGGGUGAGACAGCAGACGCGUGGGAGUUUUUCCUAAGCAAUCUGCAGAGAUAUGUUGUUACCAUCGAUGGCGUCGGCAUUAUUUUUGACCGCCAUAACUCCAUCGACGCAGCAAUAGCUCGCAGCAACGGUGCAUGGUCACCGCCAAGAGCGUGGCACAUGUAUUGCAUUAAGCACAUCGGUUCCAACUUCUUAAGGAGGUUCAAGGCUCCGUAUUUGUAUAAACUCGUGGUUAAUACAGGAUAUUCUAGGAUGGAGCAAGAGUACAACAAAAACUACCAAAGGCUGAGAGAGCGGGGUGAGGCGUAUACGCAGUGGUGUGAUGAGAUCGGUGUUCAGAGAUGGGUGUUGGCAUUCGACGGGGGUCAUCAUUGGGACAUAUGA